AUGAGACAGGAGGAGGCAAAGGAGCGACAGCGCAUUUUCACAUCACGACUCAGCACAGCGAAGCGAAAGGUUGGGCUCUUGCAGGAAAUUGCCGCGCGACACGAUGUUGCGCAAGAAGAGCACAGGCUUCGGGAUGCUCUUGCAAAACUAGAGAAGCGUAGGUCGGAAGGCUGCCAGAAGCUAUCUGAGGCAUUGGCGGCCGUAUAUCGCGACAGCAGUAAGUUUUCGGAAAAUCAGGUAACGACGCUAGUGCAGAACUUGGAGCGUCUUUGCACGCAAGCAGCUGGUACAAAUACUCUUAGUAGGAUGCCAAUGUUGACCUUUGAAAAUUGUAGAUGGAUGCACCGCCGUACCAGUAGAGUCUGAUAACUGUGUCAUCUAUAACUGAGUCGAAAAUUAUCUCAACGCACGAAAGCUAGGCGGUGGCGUAACUACUGGGCAGCUGUUGGAAUCACUGGAGUCCGGAGCCGCGGCGGUGUUACACAGAGGCCUCGACGAUCGCCGCGAGCGAGUACGCGCGCUUGGCAUUACAACUAAAGGACUGCAAGCGCAACUCGCGGAUGCACGAGCCGAAGGAAAGGCCGUAGUCUCAGAACUGACUGAGGGAAAGCGUGAUGCAUUUCAAGCUUCGAAGAGUACACUGAGGCAGCUCAAGGCAGAGGUCGACUCUCUGGCAAAGGAGAUUCGCAAGGAAACCGAAAAUGGUAUGAGAUUAUGUGAUUAAGCAGUUAGAGAUGAGGAGCAUUUUUAGCUUUUAUUGCAAUGAAAGAUUUUUUUUUGUUCCAUCUUGGAGAUCAGCAGGAGCCAUGAUGGCAUCCAGUCGAGAAAUUUUUUCACAAUUAUUCAGGCAAGAAAGAGGGCGAAAAACUAGGAAAGUACCGGCAAGUGAUCGAGCAAGCGCGCCAGAAGUUGCAUAGCAACGAGAAGAAAGUUGCCGGAUUGCGUACCCAAUUGAGAAAUCGGCAAGAAGAACACGUAGAGUUGCAGAACGAGCUGGAUCAGAUGAAAAAGGCAGAAGCCGCUUUCGGCCAAGGUUGUGAUGUGCAAGUGCUGGCUGCUGUAGAGGUGCCAAAUUUUGUUUCAGCAGGAGGUUCUUCUGUUUCAGCUGGGUCUGCACCUCCAGCAGGUGGUGCUAGUGCUGCAACAUUCAAUAGUACGAAGGACCACGACCACGGAUACGUAGGAAGAGCAGUGUCAUCUUCAAACACAACUACGUGGUGCUUGCUCAAGGAGCCUCCCUGCGGUGGCGCGAAAAGGAAGCACGGAAAAGUGUGGUGGACACGAGAACAACUAGCCGAAGUCACAUCAAGUACCGCGGUCUUCCCAGAUUCUCUCCAAGAGCAGUUCCGCGCUUGCCUCAGCAGCCACAAAGCUGCUCUCACUCGGUCGGAGGAAGCCCUGAGCGAGCGGCAGCGCUUUUUAGAUAGUUUAGUUGGGGAAUACGAGAAGUAUCGGAAGAAAGCAGAGACCGUGGCACGGUUACAAGACAGAAACGGAAGCCCGGUGGAAAAAGACACGUUAGAGCGUCUGCAACAAGAAAACCAAGAUUACGAGAAGGAUGCUCAUUUACAGAAUCCAGAUCAAAAAUAAUAUGGUAGAAGUAUGUAUCGAACGGAAAAAAAUCCUCAUCCUCAGAUCUUGCUGCAAUUAAAAAAAAUAUACCCAAGCGGAAACUCCGCAGAAUAGGUGUGGCGAUAAGCAGCGAGCUCGAAAGCGCAUCAUCACGCCCGUCCGCUUGGGCUGUUGGCGUGUGGAGGCCGCCGGUGGUGGGCUAGAAUGUGACGAGAAGCCAGACGCACCCAAGGGGCUGGCCUGGCCAGUCUCUCGAGGUCGUCCUCUGAACAAGAUGGCUGCAGGCUCACCUUCGGCGCCUUUCCGCGUGUUGACACGCGGGAGAGGGGUCGCGCGGUGGCCCUGAGAGGCUGCACCACAAGGGGGGCAGCCAAAGCAUAGGCCGCGGAUGGCGCCCGCCGGUUUGUGGCGCAGCGUAGCCGCGGCAGAACAGUGGCGGGGGGGCGCGCUGCGGCUGCAAGGUUCUGUCCUUUGCGUUGGUCGGUGGGUGUCAUGCAAAGCCUGAGGACUUUUUUCAGAUCGCUCCAAGAUGCGCGACAUAAAAGUGCCUUUUUGUGGCACAUUUGUUGGAGAUUCGCGGAGCCCUCCUCUGAGGCGUAGACCCACUAGGUUCCGCGAAAACCCCUCAGAUUUUGUGCGCCAAAAAGGUCCCACGCUAGGACACAAAGAAAAAAGUUAUCUGACCCCUUGACCUUUCUCUUUUUGAUCAUUUCUUCAGAAAAUCCGCUGGCGGCGAUCGCCAAGACGCCAUGGCCUCCAGAUGAGUAAACCUUGAAGCGCCAACAGUGAGGACGGCGGCGGGCGUUUGUUGUUCCAUGUCGUGCCGAGGAGGGAAGGAGGGAUGGCUGGGUCGAGUCGACCCGGAUCGGGCGAAGGCGUUUUCCACCGUAGUGCCCGACCGUGGGGCCCACGGCAUGAACGGAGUGGCCCCGCAGGCUUUGACGCGCAGCAGACGGCGCGCCGGCCUGCUGCGGUGCCUUUCGUGUGCUCGCUUUCCUUGGCCUUGUGCCUUAAGGCAGCCAGGGAGCCUUUUCCAGCGAGCUGCAGAGGCGACGGCUUCGCCGUUCGCUGGCUCAAUAGCCCGGCUACCUGGUGACCGCCUUGCGCUAUCUAGCUUCCUCACGUGGCAGUAAUAUAUAUAAUUCGCAGCAACAGGAUCUGAGGACGUGGAUACUUUUUCCUUUGGCGGUACGUCCUCCUUUCACGAGGAUGAAGGAUCAUGAAGUGUGCCACGUCCUUAUCCAUGUCACACUAAACCUAAAACAAGUACUUAACUCAAAGCAUGUUAGAGUCGUACCACUGGGUAGUCGUUGAUAUUGCAAAAACUUUCAUACUUCGGUGCGUGCACAAGUUUCUGCGGUUUCGACAGAAAUCCGAGGGCUCCAGCAGAGCAACGGGCAACAUCAUGCGAAGGUCCUGGCUUUGCGUAGCGACAUUUUGCGUAUUUGCGACUCGUUGGCCCAGAAAAGUUCGCAGAGGGGCAGCUUCGAGAAAAAACUUGUGCGCUUGAGGGCAGAGGUCUCGGAAAAGGACGAAGAAAGAGAGCUCUUAACGCGUUUCGCGGAUGAGGGACGGAAAAAAGCUCUCGACCAGGAGGUUGACAUCUUGCGAACCCUAGAGAAAAACUUGCAGAUGGAAUGCAAAACUUUGAAAAGCAGGCUAGAAGCAGCGACGGCGCCGAAUCGAAGUGGGGAAGGUGGGAACUGAUAGAUACUGUUUUCUGUUGAAUAGUAAGUGGAGGUCCUGCGUGCUGCACAUACGGAGUAUCUUGGUGGAUCAUGACGGAUAUUCCCAGAUCGAUGUGGCAAGAUCACUCUUCAAUGCGUAACUACGCCUAAUCAACAAGUGACAAUCGGUCAACCAUCAAAUCCAACCUUUUUACCAUACGAAUGUACCCCUAUAUUUUUCCUAACCAACCACAGCCGACGAUCGGGCAGGAAAUACUGUGCCGCAAGUACUAGAUGCAGACGUCGGGGCCACAGCUGGUUCAGCUUCUGCAACAUCGGAUGUCGGGACUCCUCGAGACAGAUCUGCUAGUACAGAUACGCCGCCUGCAGGACCAGACGACGAGGGGCGUGCGCCUUCGGCAGCUUUUACGCACUUGUCUGACACUUGACUAGAAAAAUUUUAGGUAUUAGAUCGUGAUUAGAACCGGGACAGUUGAUAAAUGGGGCUCUAGCUCGUAGAUGUUGAAGGCGCGCAUUGUCGCAUACAUUUCCAUUGAUGGAGAAAUGCCUCACACCUUUCAUACAUCGGAGCGAGGUGAUGGAAUUGCGAUCCUUGCUGCGGCAAUACGAACAAGCAGUUGAGCAAGAGGAGCGAGACGAGGAGCUUUUACGGCAGCAGAACGAGCACAUCCUCGCGCAGCUGCAAGAUAUCUACGCCUGCUGCAACCUGAAAGGGAACAUGGGCCAACGCGUGCAGCUCGAAUACAUCCGAAAUUAUGAAACGUCUUUGUUGUCACGUGAAAGUAACAGUCAAACAAAAGCUCCGUCAUCAAAGGUUGUUGAUAUUUAUUCAUUCUUAAGCUUGCCUGCUCCUAUUUUUCUGGAUGAUCUUCUAACUCUGUGUUUUUCGGCAGGUCCUUAGCGAGGAGGCAGCGCACACAGGGGAGCACGAGCAGUGUGUCGCUGUCUUGCUCGAAUUUCUUGAGUUUGAUAUCCGCGAACAGGACCAAAUACGGAAGAAGAGGCAGGCAGCGGCAGCCUCGCCAUUUGUUGCGCCUACGAAGGCCAUGACUGCUCUGGGAAGUCGAUUCCUGGAAUCCUUCUCAGCGACAACAAAUUCAUGGCUCUGGUCAUGAUACGCAGAGUGAGUUGCCGGUGUAUGUGUUUGCGUAUGGACUUGUACAUGUACCAUUUCCAUUUCGACGAGUGCAAGAUAAUCAUGAAAAGGAAAUCAACCAUGGCUGCUUGCUUGCUUCCCGAUUUUGACUUUUGGCGAGUCGGACUUUGUGACGUUGUUUGCUUGCUUUAGUGACAUCAAUUAUUCCCUGAAGAUUCCUUUGUGCAACAAUUGAUAUUCCCUGCUCUGAAUGAUCAAACUAUGUGAUCACCGAAGACUGUGUACUCCUCCUGAGCUUUCUAUCAUGGUAGGCGACAGCGCUGCUCUUGCUUGCUCGCAGUGCAGAUGUGAAU